AAAUGAAGAUUGAGUGCCAUGGCCAUGCCACCCUUCUCUUUUCUCUCCUUCUCUUGCAAAACCUGACCCAUCAACACAUUAUGCUUUCUCUUCUGAUUUUCAUAAAAUAAAAACCAAGAAACCUUAAAAUUUUCAUUAUACACAAAAAAAAUAUAAUAAUAAAAAAGAACAGAGAUUUAUAAAUAUUACGUAUAGAAGUGAAGGGGCGAAGGAGACCCCGGGAAAUCUUGUUAUUGGAUUCGAAGAAACAGAGGGAGGGGGAAGCCUUAAACCCUGGCUUUUCUAUCUCUCUGUUUCUCUUUUUAUCUCUACACGUUCUUCUUUAAUCCAAAUUAACCAUUAGAGAUAUUGCCUACUUCAUUUGGUAUUGAAGAUGAACCAGCCUCUAGAUUCCAGGAACUAAAGCAAAAAAGCUGCGUGUUAUAGGUGACUGAGUGGUAGAUUUUGGAGCUUGUCUUUGUUUGAUAGUAAAUAAAUAAAGAAAAGCUUGAUUCUGAGAAGAUGGCACGGGGUAGGAUAAGAGCAAAGCUCCGCAAGAGCCAUCUUUAUUCGUUUUGUCUAUUUCGAAGUUCAGGGAGCGGGGGACAGUCUAUAGGAGGGCCCGGAUUCUCAAGAACUGUAUAUUGCAAUGAACCUCAAGUGCUCAACCAAAAACCUUAUCGAUCAAAUAGCAUAUCCACAACCAAAUAUAAUUUUUUUUCUUUCUUACCAAAAGCUCUGUAUGAACAAUUCCAUCGAGUAGCCAAUUUGUACUUCCUUGGAUGUGCAAUUGCUUCACUUACACCCCUUUCGCCAUUUUCUCCUGUGAGCAUGAUUGCACCUUUGGUCUUCGUCGUAGGGCUAAGCAUGGCGAAGGAAGGUUUGGAGGAUUGGCGAAGGUUUAUGCAAGAUAGGGAGGUUAAUAGUCGGAAAGUUCAUGUUCAUAAUGAGGAAGGCGGCUUCGGUAAAAAGACGUGGGAAGACGUUCGAGUUGGAGAUGUGGUGAAAGUGGAGAAGGAUCAGUUCUUUCCUGCAGAUUUGCUACAGUUAUCAUCAAAUUACGAGGAUGGAAUUUGCUAUGUGGAGACCAUGAAUUUAGAUGGUGAGACCAACUUGAAGGCAAAGAAAGCUUUGGAGGCAACCUUGGGUUUGGAUGAGGAUGAUAAUUUCAACAACUUCAAAGGAAUAAUUAAAUGUGAAGAUCCCAACCCUAGCCUUUACACCUUUGUUGGUAACCUUGAAUAUGAAGGUAAAGUUUAUGCUAUUGACCCUACCCAAAUUCUCCUUAGAGAUUCAAAACUCCGAAAUACAGAGUUUGUGUAUGGGGUUGUGAUCUUCACUGGCCAUGAUAGCAAAGUCAUGCAGAACUCCACCAGGUCUCCUUCCAAGAGGAGCAGAGUAGAAAAGAAAAUGGAUUAUAUAAUUUAUGUUCUUUUCAGUGUCCUUCUGGUGAUAUCAUUGAUCAGCUCUUUUGGCUUUGCUGUGGAAAUUAAGUACAGCAUGCCAGUGUGGUGGUUUAUGCGACCCCAGGAUGCAGAUGAAUACUAUAGUCCCCAAAAGCCUGUAAUAUCAGGGCUUAGCCAUAUGGUGACUGCUCUCAUGCUUUAUGGAUAUUUAAUACCUAUUUCUCUUUAUGUUUCGAUUGAGGUGGUGAAGGUUUUGCAAGCAACCUUUAUUAAUCAAGACAUACAAAUGUAUGAUGAGGACACUGGGAUUCCUGCUCAAGCACGGACAUCUAAUUUAAAUGAGGAACUGGGCCAAGUAGACACCAUCCUUUCAGAUAAAACAGGCACUUUGACCUGCAAUCAGAUGGAUUUUCUCAAAUGUUCCAUUGCUGGUAUUCCAUAUGGUGUGUCCCCUAGUGAAGUUGAACUUGCUGCUGCAGAACAGAUGGCUAAUGACCAGGAGGAUCAAGGUGAACUUAAGACCCUUGUCGCUUCCAAGAAAGAAAACGCUCAUAAAUCUCCCAUAAAAGGGUUUAAUUUUGAGGACAACCGACUCAUGAAUGGGAACUGGUUGAAAGAGCCUACUGCAGAACGCAUUAUGUUAUUUUGCCGAAUAUUAGCAGUUUGUCACACUGCUAUCCCUGAGCUGAAUGAAGAGACCGGCAAUUAUACAUAUGAAGCAGAGUCGCCUGAUGAAGGAUCCUUUCUUGUUGCUGCCAGAGAAUUGGGUUUUGAGUUUUUCCAAAGAACUCAAUCAAGUGUGUUUGUUCGUGAAAAGUAUACGGCUUCAGGAAAACCAAUUGAAAGGGAAUACAAAAUUUUGAAUGUGUUGGAAUUUACAAGCAAAAGAAAGCGGAUGACUGUUAUUGUAAGGGAUGAAGAAGGGCAAAUUCUUCUCCUGUGUAAAGGUGCUGACAGCAUUAUUUUCGAUCGGUUGGCAAAGGAUGGAAAAUUGUAUCUGGAAGAUACCACUAGGCAUUUGAAUGAGUAUGGAGAAGCUGGAUUGCGUACAUUGGCACUGGCUUAUAGAAAGCUCGAGGAGUCUGAGUAUACUGCUUGGAACAAUGAAUUUCAGAAAGCAAAAACAUCUAUUGGGGCUGAUAGAGAUGCAAAUCUUGAAAAUGCUGCAGAGAUGAUGGAGAGGGAUUUGUUUCUCGUUGGUGCUACUGCCGUGGAGGACAAACUGCAGAAGGGGGUGCCCCAAUGUAUCGAUAAACUAGCACAAGCCGGUUUGAAGCUCUGGGUUUUGACAGGGGAUAAGAUGGAAACUGCUAUAAAUAUAGGGUUUGCUUGCAGUCUGCUAAGACAAGGCAUGAAGCAAAUCUGUAUUACAGAAAGUGGUUCAGAGGACAAACAGGAAGUCAAGGAGGACAUAUUGAAGCAGAUCACCAAUGGUUUAGAAAUGAUCAAACAAGAAAAUGAUCCACAUGCUGCCUUUGCAUUAAUCAUUGACGGAAAGACUCUUGCAUAUGCCUUGGAAGAUGAUAUGAAACUUAAAUUCUUAGGCUUGGCGGUUGAAUGUGCAUCUGUAAUAUGCUGUCGUGUGUCUCCAAAGCAGAAGGCACUAGUAACAAGAUUAGUAAAACAAGGAACUGGGAAAACCACCUUAGCAAUUGGUGAUGGUGCAAAUGAUGUUGGAAUGAUUCAAGAGGCUGAUAUUGGAGUUGGUAUCAGUGGUGUGGAAGGUAUGCAGGCUGUAAUGGCCAGUGACUUCUCUGUUUCCCAGUUUCGUUUCUUGGAAAGACUUCUUGUUGUCCAUGGACAUUGGUGUUACAAGAGGAUCGCACAGAUGAUUUGCUAUUUCUUCUACAAGAAUAUAGCGUUUGGCCUCACCCUCUUCUACUUCGAGGCAUUUACAGGCUUUUCUGGACAAUCAGUUUACGAUGACUGGUACAUGUUGUUGUUCAAUGUUGUUCUUACCUCACUACCAGUAAUGUCACUAGGAGUUUUUGAGCAAGAUGUUUCUUCUGAGGUCUGCUUAGAGUUUCCUGCAGUAUAUCAGCAAGGACCUAGGAAUUUGUUUUUCGACUGGUACAGAAUACUCGGGUGGAUGGGAAAUGGUCUAUUGUGCUCUUUAAUCAUUUUCUUCAUCAAUAUUAUCAUCCUGUACGACCAAGCUUUCCGUGCUGAAGGCCAGACCGCCGAUUUGGCUGUCUUGGGUACAACAAUGUUCACUUGCAUCGUUUGGUCUCUCAAUUGCCAGAUUGCCCUCACAAUGAGUCACUUCACAUGGAUCCAGCACGUCACAAUAUGGGGUAGCAUUGCUGCUUGGUAUAUAUUUCUCUUAAUUUAUGGCGCGGUAUCUCCUAGAAUAUCUGGCAAUGCCUACCAAAUCCUAGUGGAAGCCCUUGCUCCCGCACCCAUCUACUGGCAGACCACCCUCUUAGCCACAAUCGCUUGUACCCUCCCUUACAUGGCUCAUAUAGCUUACCAAAGAUGUUUCGAGCCAGAGGAUCAUCAUAUCAUCCAAGAGAUCAAGUACUACAGGAAAGAUGUUGAGGAUCAACACAUGUGGACUAGAGAACGGUCCAAGGCACGACAGAAAACUAAGAUCGGGUUCACCGCACGUGUGGACGCAAAGAUCAGGCAAGUCCGAGCCAAGUUGAAUAAAAAACAAUAGCCUUUUUUGAAGAUUUUUUAGGGCCUCACCUAACAUUUUUAACAUUGAGCCACAAUUAUUUUCUUGAUCUCUUUAGAUUACACAAGUCCCAUUGAUUAUACAAAGGCCUCUGGGUGCUGGGGGCAAUUGUAUUGUAUUGUAUUGUAUUGUGUUGUCUGUACACUACUCGACACACACAUAACAAGAGUUGGUAGCCGGUGAAAAUAGUCUAUAUCUUCAUCUUUGUUACAAGUUGCCUUAUCUCGGCUUGCCUGUGUAAGUCUGAAAAGAUGUACAAUCUUGCAAAUGCUGUUGAUGUAAGAAGAAAAAAAAAAUGAGGAUUUGAAGCAAGUCAUCUUCCUUGUUUUCAUCUAGUACACACUUGUUUUGAUGUUGGCUUCUUGUAUCUCUGAAUUUUAUUAUUUUAUACAUAUUUUUAUAUAUUAAAUUCAUUGGAGUAUUGUUUUUGAUAGAUCUGUACCAUUCUUAUUAUCAGUAACUAUGCUAGAUGACCUGAUCUUGAUCAGAAUAAUCUGUUUAAGGCAAUCUAAAGCCUCAGUAACUAUGCCAUGGGUCUUUAGUCUCCCCCAACUUGAGAAACUCAACCAAGAAACAUUAAUUUCCAAAUUUCAUAGAUGUGGUUUUGGCUUAGGUACCAGACAAGUAAUAAAUUUUCUUUUUAUAGCUAUAUAUAGGAUUCUGGAAUUUUGAUGUUGAAGAAUUUUUGGACAUCCCAAAUCCCAAAGUUCACAUAGGAAAAGACAGAGAGAGAAGAGACAAGAGAAACAAAAGUAGAGAGUAGGCAAGGAUGAGAUGGGAUCACCUCCAACCAUAGACAGCCUGGGUGUAAGUGUCCUUGAUCCACCUGAAACUCUUCCUCAAAUAACCUUUCAUCUUGCCUUCAACAGCAUAAACCUUGUAGCUAGCAACCCUUUUCUUCCUCUGCAACUCAGGGUCAUUAAAGCUCCAGGUUUUGGAAGAAGACUCAAAGGAGCUUUUGCUUUUCUUCAUCUUAAUCUCUUUGCCAA